AUGAAAUCGUCCAAGAGAUCAUCAUCGUCUUCAAAUGACUUGUUAUAUGAGCGUGAUCGGUUCAAGGCUAGGUUACAGACUUUCAACAAACAUAAUUGCAAUGAUAUUGAUAAGAUGUGUGAGGUGUGCGAGGAUAUUGGUAGUAAAACCACCAAGUUGAAUAUAAUAAAUUCGCAUCCUAUAGAAGAUGAUAUAGAUGAAGAUAUGUCGCCGCUUGAUUCUAAAUCCAAGUUUUAUCAGAAGUUGAGGCUGGUUUCAAACGAAGAAUUGCCAAUCAAAAUACUUGAAUCUAGUCAAAUCGAUCCCAUAUUCGACUGGUAUUUUAAUAAAAAAUUACCCCCUACCAGUAUAAUGUUUCCCUGGUUGCAUGGAUUACACGAAGAUAAUUUUGCUCAGAAACUGUUUUUUUUAUACCAGCAGCAAGUUCAAAAGAGUAAGGGACAUGACGAAAGUAUGAACUUCAGACCACAAAAUAUCCGAUUUUUGAUGUGUAUAAAGACAUCGAAAAAAAUGGAGGAGUCAUUGAAAAAUUCAAUCAACGUUGACGAAAUCUUAACUAGAAUACAAACCUCUAAACAAGAAGUCAUCCAUUCAGUCACAGAUAUAAUAAGUUCCAUUUUCGAUGGAGAAAAUCAACAUUUAAUCGAUUUAAUCACUAAAGAUUGUUUCAAAUUAGGUUUUGUUCCAACUUUCCUUAACUUAGAUCCAGAAAAGGGAGUUUCUUUAAGAAAUUUCCAUAUUCAAGUGGCUAAAUUGGCAUUGUGCUCUGAUUUCAUCAUCUAUGGGCUUGACGAAUCAAAAAAGAAAUCUUUAGCUAGACUCUUAUACAUUGCUCAACGAAAUUAUGAUUCUAGUAUUCCAACGAAUGUUUUCAUUCUUGAUAAUUUAUCUAAAAUUUCAAAAAAAUCUUUGAUCACCAAAAUUGAUGAUAAUUUAUUAAAUCUUGAAAUUAAUAAAAAGACUCAAUUAAACCUAAUCAAUUCAAAUCUUAAUUCAAAUGAUGUGCUUUCUUGGGAUAAUGAUUAUCAAUUUAAAGAGAAAAUAGAAACUACCAAAAUGUCUUCUGCUACUAAAAUCUCCUUCAAUGUGUGGGUUGGUAACAUUUGGGAUUUUCAAAUAAAGUCUUAUUAUCAAAAUGAAAAUAAGCAGAUUGAUCCAGUCGAUCUUUCAGACCUUUAUUUCGAUCCUAAGAAUUCAAUUAUUUCCAAAAAUGAUUCUUCUAAGCCUUUUGACAUCUUAUCGAUCUUACCACCCCCCAAAUCUAAUUGGAAAUUAUCCAUCCAUUGUCAUAAAGAUGCUCAUUUCCCAAGUUCAACUAAGUUAUCUCAGUUAAUCUUCAACCAUGACUCCCUCAAUUCAUCAACAAAUAUAGAAUUUCCUCCUUCAGGUUCCGUUGGUCUUGGUGAUUGUAAAAAAGAUAAUUUAAUGUUAAUCGUUAAUACUUGUAAAUUACUAUAUCUUGUUAGUUCAUCAUGCUUGAUUUAUUGUUCCGAUGGUUAUACCGAAUCCUCUCUAUUAGUCUUAUGUUAUAUCAUCUAUCUGAAAUAUGUUUCUCUUGAUGAAGCAAUGCUAAAACUCCAUCUAGAAUAUGGUCGUCCAUUUUAUAUAUUCAAUAGUGAUGUUGGUAUACUUAAAAAAUUAGAAAUAAUAUUGAAGAGAUUAUCUCCUUCAAACCCAGCUUUCAAAAAACAUACCAAUUGGUCCAGAAAUAUGGAGAAUUUAACCAAUGUUGAAAUUAAUGAACUAUUAUUGACCCCAACAAAUUCUGGAUCAAGUACCGAAUCAAAUACAAACAAAUACAAGUUGGGCUAUAUUGCAAAUGAUAGUGAUGAUUUUGACUCGGAUUCUUCAUAUGAUAGCUCAAGCGAAGAUGAAGACCUUUCGAUACCGACGUAUCUAUCCAAUGACUGGGUGAAGGACGUUGAAGGCUCGUUACCUUCAAGAAUCUUACCUUAUUUGUACCUUGGAUCUUUGAAACAUGCCAACAGCCUAACAUUACUACAAAAGUUAGGUAUUUCUAAAGUUAUUUCGGUUGGUGAAUGUUUGGAUUGGUUACAUGAUUAUAAAUUUCAACAAAAUCAUGAUAUUAUCAUUGAUGAAAUUGAUAACGGUAAUAUUGAAAUUUACAAUAUUCAACCAAACCUCAAAAAAAUUAAAGCAUCUUCCAAAAUAUCUUCAAUCGAUACCGUGGUUAAAAUCAACAACUUACAAGAUGACGGAAUCGAUGAACUUACCCAUACCUUACCAAACAUCCUCAACUAUAUCAAUGAUGUAUACAAAGACUCGAAGAUCUUGGUUCAUUGUCGAGUUGGAGUCUCCAGAUCAGCCACUGUCUGCAUUGCAGAGGUGAUGAAAAGAUUCAACAUCUCGUUACCGAAAGCCUAUCUCUAUGUCAGAGUCAGAAGAUUAAACAUUGUUAUUCAACCAAACCUCCGUUUCAUGUACGAGUUAUUUAAAUGGGAAGAACAAGAGAAGUUGAAAGAAAAGGAAAAGAAAUCAAAACUCCUAAGAGAAAUUGACUGGUUCGUCAUGUGUCGUGAAAUAACAAGAUUGAAUAUCCCCUACUUGAGUAGCUGA